CCGAAUUUUGAAAUGAAGGUUGUAGAUUGUGUUCUCAAGGUCGCCUUGUGUGCUUUGUUAUUUAUCUGAAAGUCUUAAAGCCAAAAAAUAUUACAAAUUGAGCUACCCUGAUAAAUAAUGUCUGGCAAAAACAGUCAUAUAAUUAGUGAGAGCGAUGUAAGGAGUGAACCGUCGGUUUCAACUUGCCUACCGGAUAGGAAGACUUCAAGUUUGGACCACAGUGGGCCAUCUGUACCAACUAUGUUAGCAUACGUUGAUUUUCGUCCAUGGUUUAAAGGGUGGGAUCAACUUGACGUAAAUGAUCAGGACAAAUUGAAGGACCUGGUAACAUUUAAUUCUACUAGUCAAAUCGACUAAUAUCCAAAUAUCUAAUGAUGUAUUAAAAUUAUCUCCUUUCAUGAACUUCAAAAUUCUUUGGUUUGAUGAAUCUGGAGAUAUCUGGAAUAAUGUAGUAUCUUUAAUUCCACUCUGAUUAUAUACUAUUUCUCAGUAGCAGUUAUGGAUCCAAUUAUUUCCAAAAUAUUUGCUCUGUUUUGCGUUACCCAUGGGUAAUAAUAUUUUAACAUGUAUAUUUUGUAAUACCAGAAUACAACAUUUUAAUAAGAAUUUGUGUUGUAUUUUCCAUGUGUGGUUGAAAUUUAUGUUGAAUGCUUGUACUAAGAAUGAUGAAGGCGAUUUUGAAGCUUAGAUUUUCCAAUCCAAAUAUCCACAAAUGGAACAUAUUUCUGUUUAUUUUAAGGGAACGUAAUAAUAGUAUUUUACAAUCUAGUUCAUUUAUUAUAUACAGAUUUACAUGCUGUUCUCUAACUCGCACCGUUUGAUUGGAAAUAUGGCAUCAAUUUACCAUAGUAAAGCAUUAUACAUAAUAGUUUAUUCCCAAUGGGUUGCUAAUAUUUUCAUUUCUACUGUGUCCAACCUUACGGAAGCCACGUUAAGGUGUAAUUUUACUGCCUACAAUUGUCAAACUGCUAUGAAACAUUAUGUUUCAGAAAAUAACUCUUAAAUGUAACAGUUAACGAUAAAGAGACUAAUAAAAGUUAUGUAAGAUCCAAUGAGAUUAUAGUGGAUAACCCUACCUACUAAGUAUUACAACACUCUCAGGAUUAUUGGUUUAUACUUGACUGCACUCCAAUCUGAGAGGCAGGAUAUUAUGAUCAACCCUCACCAAAUCAGUAUUGUUUAAGACCGAACAUAUCUACUAGUUAGCUACAAAUUAAAGGAUAAUGACGUUUUUAAACCGUGUUAAUUUGAGAUGCUCCAUUAUGUAAUAAGACCAGACAAGUCCCGACAUAUUAUGUUGACCUUCCGUACUGUAGUUAUCUUUUGUAUUUUAAAUUAUGUAAGAAGAUGGUUUGGAAUUUUCUGGUCAUAGUAAUGAUUGUUAAUCUUAUGUAAAGGAAAAAUUGAGAAUUCGGUGGUAUAUAAUAAUGGACAUGUUGCCAGGAGUCUACAACAGUUUUAUUUUUUAUUAUCUUCAUUUUUCAUCAUUUCAGAUGACUCGUAAUGAGCAACAGUUCGAACAACGAUCUCAUCGACCUAAAAGGGCAUUAUCAAAAACCAGUGACGACAAUGUUUUAGGGAUUUCUUGGAAAGAAGAACAGGAAUUACGCAAAGCCAUGUAUGUUUCUCUUAGAGAUCAACAACAAACAAAUUCAGAUUCCAGUCCUUGCAAUCACCUCAUGACUUUACGUUUCCAAUUGGUAAAACAACCAAGUAUAUCAGGACCUAGCAGUGCGAAAUUGGGUUUAGCGAAGCCACGGUCAACCAUUCAGUUUAAACAUUCUAGAAAACAAAUUCGCCCGAAAUUUGUCUCUGCGAAUACCAUCUUUCCUAAAACUAGAAACGCUUCCGAGAGUUCUCCGAAUAAAGAAGUAUUAAAAUGUGAUUCAAACAGCAAUAAAACAAAUGUUGAAUCAACUGAUGACAAUCACAAACCAUAUGUUGUAAAUACUUCACAAAACACUAGCCACAUUUGCUUACGAAAUUUAUACCAUAGAAGAAAUCCAACUAAUCAUAUUAAUAUCAACAAUCAGUUGAUUGAUAACGAUGCUAACAAGCAAACCUUAUCUAGUUCUGCUGAAACAUUUGAAGUUAACAAUUUAUCAUCAAAUUCUGUCUCAACUAACUAUAGUCGACGUCCUACUUUGAUGACUGCUUCAAAUUACUUGAAAUCAAAUUCGACUAACGCGAACAGUACUCAACGGAAAUCUGUUAUUAGAAAAAGUCCUAAUUCAUCGACUUUAAGAAAUAGCUCUUUCCGAUCAGAGAACAUUGAUACAUUCGCUACAUGCAGCUCUCCGAAGAAAUCGAUACACAGUUUUAAAAGAAGAUCUAAACAACUGAUUAGUUCAGUCAGUCAAAUAUUACCUAUUACAGAACCUGAUGAUAACACACCUAAAUGUUUUUCAAACCUUUAUUGUGAGAGUGAUUUCCAGUUGCUUUCAAAAUCACCAUAUGAACCUUGGCAAGAUGAUAUUGGUCGACUUGCUUCAGUGCAUGAUUUCAUUAACUUUGUAUGCUUUCACGACUGCUCAGCGACUGGAGAUCCUAACACAGAAUGGUUCGCCAGUCCAUACAAUAUGCAGAGUUUACCUGUGCCACGUACGUUACAAAGUAAUCUAGGGACAUCUAACUCCGAUCAUAAUAAUAAAAAAUGUCCCAAAAACCCCAACAUAUCAACUCAGCGCAAAAGUUACGAAUCUGCUAACUUACACCGUAUAAUCAACAACGUUGCAAAUCGUCAAUCUGUAAAAUGUUCACCAGUCACAAGGUCAACUAGUUUAUGCGUGGCUAAAAAGCUUGCAUCUAUUCAACCAUCUCCGGCUGUAUAUUCUUCAAAAUCACGCAUUUCUUCACCUUUAAAAAUGGGUGCACCUGAUAAUUGCUUUUUGUUUGAUGGAUACAAAAUUUGCGUCGAGGAAAAUGAGUCGUCCUCCACAACUUUAAUAUCUUCAGCUGCAUCCUUUCAAACAAGUAAACUUAAGGUCAUGGACCAAUAAGUUCAAUCUAUAAUAUUCGUUAUCGUCGGUUGUCUGUUCAGUUCUAUCCCAUUUUUUUUGUGUGGAUUCUCUAUAUGCUCAGAAUUUUAAUAUAAUUCACAAUAAUACCGUGAGAUGCAUUUACUUUCCUAAUUUUCAUUAAUUUAUCUAUUAUGUUUAUUCUGUUUUUUUUAAUACACAUUAUUUACUUUCGAA